GCGCGCUGCGGGCGGUUGUGAAUGGUGCAGUGUGAGUGAGUGAGAGAAGUUCAAUUACUCGAGAGGAAGUGGGGAGCUCGGGAAGGGAGGGGGCGGUUGGUCGGAGAGGCGCCGCGAGGCAGGAGGAAGUGAGCGCGCGAGCGGCGGGAGUCCGUUAGGGAGCGCGUGAGCGGCGCGGCGGGCAGCGUCUGGGCCGGAGGAGCCGGUGAGGGGAGGGCAGACACCCACCUACACCCCCCCCCCAACACACACACACACACACACACACACACACACACACAACCCGCCGGAGACAGCCAGCCAGCCAGACAGACAGGCAGGCAGGCGGAGACUCGGGAGAAGAUGCCGCGGGUCGUCCCCGAUCAGAGGAGCAAGUUCGAGAACGAGGAGUUCUUCCGCAAACUCAGCCGGGAAUGUGAGAUUAAAUAUACGGGUUUCCGCGAUCGGCCGCACGACGAGAGGCAGAUGCGGUUUCAAAAUGCCUGCAGGGACGGCAGGUCUGAGAUCGCUUUUGUGGCGACUGGAACUAAUCUAUCUCUGCAGUUUUUUCCGGCAAAUUGGCAUGGAGAGCAGCGGCAAACACCCACACGAGAGUAUGUGGACUUUGAACGUGAUCCAGGCAAGGUAUACCUGAAGGCUCCCAUGAUACUUAAUGGUGUCUGUGUAAUCUGGAAGGGCUGGAUUGAUCUCCAGCGUCUUGAUGGCAUGGGCUGUCUGGAGUUUGAUGACGAGCGUGCACAGCAGGAAGAUGCCCUGGCACAACAGGCGUUUGAGGAUGCCCGACGAAGAGCCAGAGAUUUUGAAGACAGGGAGAGGUCCCAUCGGGAGGACAUGGAGCCACGCAGGCAGGACCCCAGUCCCGGCUCCAACCUGGGGAGCGGAGAUGAGCUCAAACUACGUUAAAUGUUCUUGGAGCAGCCUCGCCAUAAACCUUUUUAUGUGGGAUCAAGCAGCUUUCUGGUGAACUGGUGUUGAAGGAAAUGAAGAUGCUAAGGUCCUGAACAAGAAUUUUUUUAUUCCUGCCCCACAGCCCCAGGCCUUUGGAUGCCCCGUUCAGCACAAACCGCCAGGGAUUGCACUAUGUCCAUUUACAGUACCUGCAUUUCCUAUUUUAAGCAUGUAGCCAGCAGCAAUCUUUGUUUUCUAUGCAAGCUAUGUUUCUUUUUUGAAUUUUUAAAUGGCCUUUUAUGUAUUAUUUGUCUCCCCUUCCCCCUUGGUUGUUUAACCAAAAAAUGCAGGAAAUCAAUCAGAAAUUAGGUCAAAAUGUGUUUAAGUUGAAUUAAGAUUUAAGUGGCAGGAAAUCAGAAAUUUAUUUUCUGCUUUUUCUGUCGUACAUUCUGGGUUGCAAGUGUGUAAGGAUUCAAAAUCUGUAUCUGUUUGCCUUUGCUUUUCUAAAGCACAGGGAAUGCAUUAUUUGCUUGCCUGCAAUUUUUAGCUCUGAUUUUUAUAUCCUGUAAAGAGAUAGCCACAUAAGGAAGUCGUCUAUAUGACUGGAGCAAAUUUUUUUACAAGUGGAAAAAUAAUGAUGGAGAGUAAGGUUUUUUUUGCAGCAAGUUGGAAAGCAGAAGACUGUCCAAGAUAAAGAACAUUCAAUUUGGCUUGUUCAUUCCAUUUUCUGAAUUAAACCUCAGGCGAAAAUAAAAUCUCUUGAACAUUAAUUUUAAUUUCUACCCAUGUUUAGUUCAAAAUAAAUUGGUCUGCAGUUUUUAUAAACAAAACCCAAAAGCAAUGACUUGUUUUUCUUUAAAGGUCACAGUUUUAUAUUCUGUUGUUACAAAGUUAAAUAUAACCCUGAAUAUGGGGUACAAAUUGGACUGACAAAAUCUUCAAGCAGUGCACAUAUACAUCAUGUGCUGGACACAUGAAAAGUGACCAAAAGACUUCUGAAGUGCCCUGGUUUAUCAAGUAUGUUGAGAAUUGAUGUUAUUGGCCUUGGUGGCUAUUUUCUGCUUUGCAUUGCUUAAUAAUAUCUUAAUGCUGGCAUUAAGAUUGGGAUAGCUGCUUUCUGCUAAUUAGUCCAAACAGUUCAAAACUUUGUUACUGGUGUUAAGUUAUUGAUGCAAUUUAAUAAGUUUUUUCCAAUCUAUAUUUAAGUAGAAAGAAUUGCAUCUUUUUGCAUAGUACUCCUCCCUCAGGAGUUGCUUUGAAUUAUUGAGCUAGCUUUUGCUACUUUGUGAAUCUGAAACAUUUUUCUUUUAAAUUUAUUAAUAAAUAUGAAAAGUCAAACUUG